AUGGCCUUGAAUUGCUUCAUCUGUCAACACUGCAACCAGCCCCUAAAGUGGAACCAGUCUUCCACUCUCCUGGAGACACCAAACGACAACAGCGCUAAAGAACCUGAGAAGAAUUUGACCUCAGCUGAAUGUGAACCAGAAGCCAAGAAGGAAAGCUCCGACUCUUCUAAUGAUUCAGAUAUUGGAGACCUACAGAAUGGAGCUCUCUCCAGUGAUGAAAGGCUGUCCAAUGACAAGCCAGACCGCUUCAUCCUGCUUGGGCAUCUUGACUCUGUGAGAACUCUUAAUAGCAUCCAGAAAAUGACUGUGGAUGUUUUUGAUAUUCUCUAUGGUAAAAAUGAUAUAGACCAUCCUCUUUGUGAGGACUGUACUGACAAACUUUUGGAGAUGCUGGACACCCAGCUCACCAUCACAGAAUCUGAGAUUAAGGAAUACAAAGAACAUCUGGAGAAUGGAGAGAGUAUUCCAGAGGAUGAGAGGAAGGCACUGCAGAAAGAGCUGAAGGGGUUGGAGCUGGAAGAAAAAAGACUAACACAAGAUCUUCAGCAAGUGGAGAAAACCCAAGAAAAAGCAGCAGCUGAUCUUGAGGUUGCUCAGGCUGAGACUAAGAUGCUGGAAGAGCAAGAAAAACUUUUCCAGAAUGACUACAGUCAAUUACAGUGGCAGAAACUGGAACUGCAGGAUGAGUUGAGGAGUUUAGAGAAUCAACUAGGAUAUACCAAGAAUCAAGAAACCCAACUGGAGAAAAUUAACAUCUUCAGCACCACCUUUGAAAUAUGUAGUGAUGACCAUUUGGGCAUCAUCAAUCAUCUCAGGUUGGGUACGCUUCCUUCUGUUCCUGUGAGUUGGAGCGAGAUCAAUGCAGCCUGGGGACAGACAGCCUUGCUACUUCUUGCCCUAUCCAAGACAAUUGGAUUGGAGUUUAAGAGGUAUGAACUUGUGCCCUGUGGAGAUCAUUCCUAUCUGAAGUCUUUAACCCAGGACACCACUUAUCUGCCAUUGUUUUAUGGCAGUAAGAAGAAUAUUUGGUUGUACUACAAGUUUGACAAGGCAAUGAUGGCUUUUUUGGACUGCAUGCAGCAGUUCCAAAAUGAAGCCAAGAAAGGUGAUUUGGGCCUCCACUUGCCCUAUAGGAUUCAUGUGAAGGAAGGCUUGAUGGAAGAUCCUGCAGGUGGUGGCAAAUUCUAUUCCAUCAGAACCUACAUGAACACAAAAGAACAGUGGACAAAGGCACUAAAGCUCAUGCUUACAAAUUUUAAGUGGAGUCUUACUUGGGCUUCGUUAAAGUCGGAGCUUUCGGGCGGAGGGAGAAGCGGCGGCUUACCCGGCAGCGGUAGGGGCGGCGCAGCUUCUUCCAUACUCUCCGGCGCGGUGCCCAAGAGGAAGGCGACCUGGGCCGGCGGGGCGGCCAGGGGGGAACCCAAGAGAUCGGCCCGGAUGUCCGCUAAACCUGCUCCUGCCCAAAACGAGGCAAAGCCCAAAAAGGCUGCAGGGAAGGGUAAAUCUUCUUACAAAAUGGUGCAAGCGAAAGGGAAAAGGGAGGCCAAGCUGGAGGCUGCGGCUGAGCGGGAACCGAAAGAAGACUUACGCGAGAACGGAGAAACCAAGGGCCGGCAGAGUCCCGACUCCGACGCAGCAGGAGAGAAAGAGGACAAGUUCGAAUGACACCAUGUCCGCAC